AGUCUCGGGCUCUCCCCUCUCUCUCUCUCUCUCUCUCUCUCCUCGCCCGAGAACCCAAAUCUAAGAAAGAGGCCUUUCCUCCUUCGAGUCUCCGGAUCGGGGUGAUUCUUGGGGGCGGCGGCGGCGGCGGCGGCGAAAUCGAUGGCGUCGGAGAUCGAGGUGCUGGACGAGGGGACCGGCGUCGGGGGAGGAGCGCCGGUGUCGGCGGGAGAUGGAGGAGGGGCGGAGGGGGAUGAGGCCUUGAAGAACGAUGUGUACACGGCGGCUGCGUACGGGGAUCUGGAGAAGCUCCAGCGGCUGGUGGAGGCGGAGGGGUGCUCCGUCUCGGAGCCGGAUGGGGCCGGGUAUUACGCCCUCCAAUGGGCCGCCCUCAAUAACCGCACCGCCGCUGCCCUGUACAUCAUCGAGCACGGAGGGGAUGUCAAUGCCACCGACAACACGGGGCAGACGGCGCUCCAUUGGAGUGCAGUGCGGGGGCACAUCCAGGUCGCUGAGCUACUGCUGAAGGAAGGUGCUCGUGUUGAUGCGUCAGACUUGUACGGGUAUCAGACCACUCAUGUUGCAGCACAAUAUGGCCAGACAGCAUUUCUCUAUCAUAUUGUCACAAAAUGGAAUGCUGAUCCAGAUGUCCCUGAUAAUGAUGGAAGAAGCCCCUUACACUGGGCUGCUUACAAGGGAUUUGCUGACUGCAUACGUCUUCUUCUGUUUCUGGAUGCCUAUAGGGGGCGACAGGAUAAAGAGGGUUGUACUCCUCUUCACUGGUCUGCUAUUAGAGGAAAUCUAGAGGCAUGUACAGUUCUAGUUCAAGCAGGGAAGAAAGAGGACCUGAUGAUCACAGAUAAUACCGGGUUAACUCCUGCUCAGCUUGCAUCAGAUAGGGGUCAUCGGCAAGUUGCUUUUUUCCUUGGCAAUGCUAGACGUGUACUCGAUAGGCGCUGCAAUGGGAAUAGUCACCUGGGAAAGCUAUCAAAAUUGGGACUUGCACCUGCUCUUUGGUGCGUCAUAGUAGCCAUGCUGCUUACAUAUGUACAUUCAGUUAUUGCAGGUUCUUACAUCCUGAAAUUGACAUUUGUAUUUGGGCUUUUUGCCUGGUCAGGAUUUUUCCUGGCAACUGCAGGAUUAGUCAUGUUUUAUAGAUGUAGCAGGAAAGAUCCUGGUUUCAUCAACAGGAAUGUACGGGAUGCACAAAGCCUCAGAGAUGACGAACCCUUAUUAAAGACAGAUUUAAACCAUCCUGCCCUUUUGGCUGGGAAUUGGUCCCAGUUGUGUGCAACAUGCAAGAUUGUCAGGCCAGUACGUGCAAAACAUUGUUCCACUUGUGACCGUUGUGUCGAGCAGUUUGAUCAUCACUGUCCUUGGGUAUCAAAUUGUAUUGGCAAGAGGAAUAAGUGGGACUUUUUCAUGUUUCUUAUUCUAGAAGUUUCAGCAAUGAUUAUUACUGGUCUGGUGACCAUUACAAGAAUCGUGAAAGAUCCCUCUCCACCAUCUUUUGGUGGAUGGUUGAGUCAUAAUGCUAGUGAGCAUCCUGGUGCGAUAUCAUUUCUGAUAAUGGAUUUUUUUCUCUUCUUUGGAGUUGCUGUCUUAACUGCUGUCCAAGCAUCACAGAUCUCACGGAACAUUACAACAAAUGAAAUGGCAAAUGCUAUGAGAUAUAGCUACCUCAGAGGUCCAGGUGGAAGGUUUAGAAACCCCUAUGAUCAUGGCAUCCGCAAGAACUGCUUGGAUUUCUUUAUAAAAGGAUACAAUGAAGAUGUGGAGCUCCCAGACCAGACACAGCCCUCGGAAGGAACAGGGAUGAUUCAGAUGACAAGAAGCACAGAUUUACAGAAUGGGGAGAACCAUUUGCAUCAGAGUGGCAACGGUCACAUCUGUGUCGAUGUUCAAACCAAAAAUUCAAGACCCCACGGCCAUGCUAAUUCGUUGAAGUGCUGCCACAACAAUAAAAUCGAUGGUGCCCCUCUAGGAUUGGGCUUGGGACUUGGUCGCAACAAUCGGCACAACUCUCGGAUUCUGCCAUUAUGAUCUUCUACAUACCAGGAUAGCAUGAGAUUGUGCCUCUUGUAUCAUAACCAUUGAAAUAUUUUGCAGUCUUUCUUGUUCGAAUCUAGAUGUUCCCUCUUAGAUAUUGUAUCAUCUUGGAUCAGUUUUGUUCUCAUGGAUGUUGUAACCCCGAAUAUUAGAUUUUUAGUAUCAGACGAUUUCAGAUAU